ACAGCGGUGUAAGCCAAUGACAUUCGUCAGGGGGCGGGUCUCUGUGGAGGUUCGUUUCCGGGGUAUGUGAGAGUCAGAUGAAACACGUGUGUGGAUGUUUUGCGGAGCGGUUCGUCUCGUGUGCGCGCAAUCUGUGCUGUUUUAUUCUCAUUCCGUGUGUAAGCGCAUUUUUCACUGCCCGAGAAUCAGCUUUCGAAGAGCCGCUUUUACAGCACAGUUUCUGCAGCUGUCGACUGAGAUCAGCUCGGGCCCGAUGAUGGAGGAGACUGGGGCGAAUCCGGCGUCGGUUCUGACCGGGGAGAAACGCUCUUUCCCCGACGAGGAUCCGGAUCACACCGCCAAGAGGCUCAGAGUCGAGGAGGAGGAGGAGGAAGAACAGAGCCGAGGAGGAAAAGAUGAAGGAGAGCAGCUGGACGAGGAAGAGGAGCUGUGUGAGGAGGAGGAGGAGGAGGAGAGCUUCGCUGACAUGAUGAAGCACGGCCUCAGUGAGGCAGACGUGGGCAUUCUCAAGUUCAUCAGCGAGCAUAAAGGCUUCUCCGGCAUCCUGAAGGAGAGGUACUCAGACUUUGUGGUCCAUGAGAUCAGUAAAGAGGGCAAGACCGUUCGUCUGGAUGAUCUGUCUGUUCCCGCUGAUGUGGAGGAAAACUCUCCGGACUGCAGCGCAGCCGAGGUUCAGGUUCUGACAGAAGAGCAGAAGCAGCAGCUGGAUGAACUGCAGCUCUUCAAGAACAAAGAGGGAAGCGUGGCCAUCGAGGUGCAGGAGGAUUCGAAGGAGAAACGCACUCUUCUGCACAAAGCCGUGAAGACUCUGUAUCCCGGCCUGGAGACCAAGACCGAGGACAGACAAGGGAAGAAGUUCAUCGUGGCGUAUCAUGCCGCCGGGAAGAAAGCGCUGGCAGAGGUCCGGCCCUCGGCAGCCCCUCGAAAGCAUUCGUGGCCAAAGAACCGUGGAAGUUUCUGCCAUUUCGUGCUCUAUAAGGAGAACAAGGACACCAUGGACGCCAUCAACAUCCUGUCCAAGUUCCUCAGGGUCAGACCCAACAUGUUCUCCUACAUGGGCACCAAAGACAAGAGGGCCAUCACGGUGCAGGAGAUCGCCGUGCUGAAGAUCAGCGCUGAAAGACUGUCUCACCUCAACAAAUGCCUCAUGAACCUGAAGCUGGGAAACUUCAGCUAUAAGAAACAUCCGUUAAAACUCGGAGAACUGCAGGGAAACCACUUCACGGUGGUUCUCAGGAAUAUCUCCGGCUCUCUGGAGCAGGUGGAGCAAGCCAUGACUUCACUCAGGGAAACCGGCUUCAUUAACUAUUACGGCAUGCAGCGCUUCGGCACCACAGCCGUGCCCACGCACCGGGUCGGCAGGGCUAUACUGCAGAACAACUGGAAGGAAGUGGUGGAUCUCAUCCUGAAACCUCGUCCUGGAGCGGAGAAGGGCUACCUGGUGAAGUGCAGAGAGGAGUGGGCGCGAUCUCAGGACCCAGAGGCGGCGCUCAAGAAACUGCCGGUCAAACGCUGCGUGGAGGGCCAGCUGCUGCGAGGCCUGUCCAAGUACGGCAAAAACAACAUCAUCACAGCGUUCGGCCUGAUCCCUCGAAACAACAGGCUGAUGUACAUCCACAGCUAUCAGAGCUACGUGUGGAACUCUAUGGUCAGCAGACGCAUGGAGGCCUUCGGGCUCAGGGCCGUGGAGGGAGAUCUGGUUCUCAGAGGAGCCUCUGCUCACGUUCUGUCCGCCGAAGAGGCAGAGAAACACUCCAUUCACGACGUGGUGAUGCCGCUGCCGGGGUUCGACGUCAUUUAUCCCACUCACAGCGUGGGUCGAGGCUACAGAGACAUGAUGAGCGCCGACGACCUGGACAUCGAUAACAUGAGGCACAAGGUUCGGGAUUACUCUCUGGCCGGCGCUUACAGACGGAUCCUCAUUCGCCCCAGAGACGUCAGCUGGGAGCUGAUCCAGUACGACGAUCCACGAGUGCCUCUCGUUCACACAGACGUGGAGAAAUUAGAAAACGCUCCGGCUCCGGUCUACCUCAAAGAAGGGAAGUAUCGGGCCCUGAAGAUGGAGUUUUCUCUGCCGUCCUCCACGUACGCCACGAUGGCCGUCAGAGAAGUGCUGAAGAUGGACACCAGCAUCAAGAAUCAGACUCAGCUCAACACCAGCUGGCUGAACUGACGGCCACAAACACCCUGGAGUUUCCAGCAGCUUUAUUCUGCUCACGUUAAAACGGCGAUAAAGAUUCGACUGUCAUGUUUGUCAUUUUGACACAAAGAAAAGGCUACAGCACAGUUUUCAGUUCACUUGGUUUUAGUGUUGGUUUUUUUAAUGAGUGUUUUUUUAAAGCUCUGCCGGAGUAUAAAGACCGUUCUAAAGCACAUGUUUCCAGAGCUUUAGCAUAAACCGAACACUGAGCAGUAAAUGAACACAUUCUGGAUCUUGUAAGAUUAAUUUUGCUCUUUGAUGAUUUAUUAUUGUAUUAUGUUUGAUUCCUGCUGAAUGUUCAAUUUGCUAGUGUAAAUAUUUUAAUCUGAAUAAAUGAAUCUGCCUGA